AGUUCAUCUUCCUCACCAUCUUCAUUUUCCUACGCAACCUAAACAUUUUAUCCAAUCGCAGUCGCAGUUGCAAUAUAUAUAAAGAAAAAACUAAUUAAUUAACUAACUAUAAAAAUGAACUCGAAAAUAGUAAGCCGAAAAAAGAAAAAAAAAAUUCGGUGCUGCUCACGCCACUGCAAGAGUCCAUUUAUCGAAGUAAUCCCAGCUUUUGCAUAAAGAAGAGAAUAAAAAAAGAAAGAAAGAAAGAAAGGGUUUUUCGUUUUCGUUGUGUUUUCUUUAAUGGCGGAGGAUUUUGCAAAGGCGGUGGAGGACGGUCUGAAGUUAGCGAAACGGGUAUACUUAGGAAAAGACAGUAGAACGGUGGCGCGUCGUAUGGCACCACCGUUAAUGGAGAGGUCAACGAAUUGGUACUUACCUUCAGCUCCGAUGGUUUACGCUGUUAUAUCCGACCCGAGAAUGGUUGACAACCCGGAUAUGCCGAGUUACCAGCCUUACGUGCAUGGAAUGUAUGACCCACCGGCUUUGAUUCCUCUUCAGAUGAUGGGUGUUAAUUUAAACGUGGAUUGUUAUGUGGAUACCGCUAUUAUUGUAGUUGCAGGUACGUGGAGGAUUCAUUGCGUUAUGGGUAGCCGUUCUUGUGAUUGUCUUAUUGCUGUCCCUAUGGGUAACCAGGGUUCAAUUCUAGGUGUUGAAGUUGAUCUUCCUACAAAAUCUUAUGUUACUGAACUGAUUGGAGAACAAGAAAGUAAGGGUAGGAAGAUAGCAAGACCAGAAGAUGGAGGAUUUUUGAAGCCUCAUAUAUUUACUUUAACGAUACCGCAGAUCGAUGGUGGUACUAAUAUUUCGAUUAAGAUUCGUUGGUCUCAGAUGUUGUCGUAUAGCGGGCGGUUUUCGUUGACUGUACCGUUUUGUUUUCCGGAGUAUGUACCCUGCUAUAAAGAAAAUUUCAAGAAGGAAAAGAUAGAAUUGAAUGUGAACUCUAGUGUAGCGAAUGGAAUCUUGUGCAAGGCAACUAGUCAUCCUUUGAAGGAAAUAAGACGCCAUGAAGGGAAGUUCAGUUUCUUAUAUGAAGCUGAAAUUUUCAAAUGGUCGAAUACUGACUUCCGCUUCUCUUAUAGUGUUUCUUCCGGUAACAUAUUUGGAGGCAUACUUUUGCAGUCUUUAUAUGAUUACGACCAAAGUGAUAUGUUCUGUAUUUAUCUUUUCCCUGGAAGUGAGCAGAAUAGGAAGGUGGGAAGUCGAUUUGUUGUUGAUAUAAGUGAAAGCAUGCAAGGGAGACCACUCGAGAGUACCAAGAGUGCAAUAUCUGCAGCCCUUUCUAAGCUCAGUCCAGAAGAUUCGUUUAACAUUAUAGCUUUUAGUAAUGAGGCUUUUCAAUUUUCAACAUCCAUGGAGUUGGCUUCGAAGGACGCGAUUGAAAGGGCCACUGCUUGGAUUAGUAUGAAAUAUACCGUGGGGGGCAGUACAAAUUUGUUUAUUCCACUGGAAAAGGCGGCUGACAUGCUAUCAAACACGCGAGGUUCAAUUCCUAUGAUUUUUCUUGUUACUGAUGGGUCUGUCGAAGAUGAGAGAAACAUUUGUCACUGGAUGCAAAAGCGUUUGACAAAUCAAGGAGUGUUAUGUCCAUCCAUCCAUACUUUCGGCAUAGGUUCAUUCUGUAAUCAUUAUUUCCUGCGCAUGCUUGCCGUGAUUGGCCGGGGGGAAUAUGGUGCUGCUUUCGAUUUAGAUUCUAUUGAGGUUCAGAUGAAUAAAUUAUUUAGCAAAGGUUUAUCUACUGUUCUCGCAAACAUCACCAUUGAUGCAUUUGAUGAUUGUGAAGAAAUAGAGGUGUACUCUUCACGGGUUCCUGACCUUUCACUUGAAAGUCCAUUGACCAUAUACGGGAGGUACCAGGGCAGUUUUCCCGACAACCUUAAAGUUGAAGGUAUAUUAGGUGAUUUGAGUAGCUUUACAAUGGACUUGAAGAUACGGAGGGCUAAGGAUAUACCUCUUGACAGCGUGUUAGCAAGACGGCAGAUUGAUCUACUAACAGCUCAGGCUUGGUUUUCAGAAAAUAAACGGCUCGAGGAGAAGGUUGCAAAGUUGAGCAUACAAAGUUGCAACAUCUCCGAGUAUACCCGAAUGACCCUUCUCGAGAAAAAUAUAAUGAAACAUUUUGGAGCUUGAAGGUAUGCUUUUAAAGGUGAUCCACAGAAAAUCGUGGAAUCUGAACCGCCCGAAAUGAUACUGCUUCAAAGACUUUCAGUUGGCUUCGGUGACCCGAUUGCAACUGCCGAAAACAUUCGUCCUGGAUCUCAAGAACCAGAAUUGCCCGAAGUUGCCAAGAUAUUUAUUAAGACAACCUCGAAUUACUUCGGUGGGAUAUGUAAUCGAUGCUGUUGCAUGGGCUGCAUCCGGUGUUGUUCGAAGAUGAAUAAUCAAUGUGCCACCACGUUAACACAGCUAUGCACCGCCCUGGCAUGCAUCGGCUGCCUUCAUUGUUGCUCAGAAUCAUGUUGUCCUAACCAAGACGAUUGAUAAACACAUUACGAGAAUUAGUUGGAGUUUUUGUUUGAA